AUGUCUUCAAUAAAAUUCCUUCGCCUACCACUCAGAGGCUCUCUUUGGAUCCCGCAAGUCCGGAUCCAAUCGCAAAUUCCACUCUCCAGAACCCCUUAUCUCUACGGUCCCUUGUCGGCGUCUACUUCUACCUUCUCUACGCGUGCAAUACUAUUUAAUGCAAAGAGCCCUCGUCAUGCAUCUUCCAACCCUAAAUCCAACACAGAAGAUAACCCGUUUAGCACUCCAUCGGUCAGCUUGGAGUCGCUUGGUAUUGGGAAGAAUAUGAAAGUCUUCUUACUCGCAGUCCUAUGCGUUCUUGGGACUGUCGAGACAUGGUUUUGGUGUAAGGCUAUAUGGACCUGGUGGAAGGGAGGCGAAAAGAACGCAGAGGCUGAAUAG